AUGGCCUGGAAAUUGCCUCCGUCUAGAUUGAUUUGGAGUCAGAUGUUCUUGUUAACAAUACUUGUACUCCUUCCGUCUUACGGGAGAGCUAAAGCAGACCCCAAAAAGUGCUCUAGCAUAGAAUCGUUUCUUGUUCCACGUGAGUGGUACCAAUCUGGCAAGUUCCUGAUUGGUGGGAUAGUUUCUCAUAUCUUAAAUGUAUAUUUCCAAUAUACCUUUGAUGAAGCUCCUUCUAAGAAACUGAGUGAUGAGCUUCCAUUUAUGUUGCCAAAGUUCUACCAACACCUCCUGGCUCUGGCCUUCGCUGUGAAUAAGAUCAACCAGGAUCCAAUGAUCUUGCCGAAUCUCACCCUGGGUUUCCAUAUCUAUGACAGUCAAUUUGAUUCAAGGAUGACCUAUCGGAUCACCUUGGACUUGCUUUUCAAGUCACAGACAUUUCUCCCCAAUUACAAAUGUGAUCCUCACAGAAGACUGAUAGCACUCAUUGGGGGAAUCAGCCCUGACAUCUCCUCCUGUGUGGCAGACAUUUUAAGUCUGUACAAGAUUCCGCAGCUCACAUAUGGAUCGUUUCCUAUGCAUAGAAGUAAUAUGGUAGAGACAUCUUCCUUUUACCACACAGUCUCCAAUGAAGAUCAUCAGUAUACAGGCAUUAUCUAUUUACUUAAACAUUUUGGGUGGAUCUGGGUUGGACUUUUGGCUGGAGAUGACAAAAGUGGAGAGCGUUUCUUGAAAAAGCUGGAGUCAUUAUUUCUCCAGAAUAAGAUAUGUUCAGCCUUUGUUCAAAGAAUGCCAGUUCAUAGCCGGUUCCCUGAACUUGAUGAACUGAAAACUAUUUCUGCCAAUACUAAUGAGUUCUACUCAGAUCCAAAAGUCAAUACCCUUGUUGUCUAUGGUGAAACUCUAACUGUAAUGUGGCUAAGCACUGCAUUAUUUUUCGCGGGUGCUACCUAUACCGAAAAGGUGUGGAUUAUGACAGGCCAGAUUGACUUUGCUUCAACAGUCAUUUCAAAGCACUUGAAAUACGAAAUAUUCCAAGGUGCCUUUCUUUUUGCGAUCCACUCCAAUGAACAUGAAGAGUUUCAGAUCUAUCUUCAGAAUAUAAAACCAACCAAGGCACAACCUGAUGACUUUUUCAAGGAGUUCUGGGAACAAGUCUUUGGUUGCUCUGUUCCAGAUCCUACACACCUAAUAGAGGCUCACAAAUUUUGUAGUGGGACAGAAUCCUUGAGGGAUCUUCCAGGGAUACUGUUUGAGAUGGUCAUGACUGGCCAUAGCUACAGCAUCUACACUGCAGUCUUUGCUGUGGCCCAUGCAUUACACAGCCUGGAUUUAUCUAGAUCGAAACAUAAAGCAAUCAGGAUUGCAAGACAUCUUGAAGAGAUAAGCCCUUGGCAGGUCCAUCCUCUUUCCUUGUGUAAUCCUUAUUGCCAACCUGGUUCUCAAAAAAGGAAAAAAGAAGGAGAGAAAUUUUGCUGCUAUGGAUGUGUUCGGUGUCCAGAAGGGAAGAUUUCCAAUGAAAGAGACACAGAAGAUUGCUUCACAUGUCCAUCUGAUCAGUAUCCAAACCAGAAACAAGAUGAAUGUUUUCCCAAAAUGAUUGUUUUUUUGUCUUAUGAAGAACCGCUGGGCAUUUCCUUAGCCACAAGCGCCAUCUUCUUCUUCUCAGUCACAAUUUCAGUAUUAAAAAUAUUCCACCUGCACAAAGAUAGUCCCAUAGUCAAAGCCAACAAUCGGGACCUCACCUAUGCUCUUCUCAUCUCUCUUUUGCUCUGCUUCCUCUCACCUUUCCUAUUUCUUGGUAAGCCCGGGGUAAUGACCUGCUUCCUUCGGCAGCCAGCCUUUGGCGUCAUCUUCUCGCUGGCUGUUUCCUGUGUGUUAGCCAAAACUAUUACUGUGGUGGUAGCUUUCAUGGCCACAAAGCCAGGAUCCAAUAUGAGGAGGUGGGUGGGAAAGAGGCUCACUGGUUUUAUUGUCCUUUCCAGCUCUUCCAUCCCAGUAGGCAUUUGUGCUGUAUGGCUAACAAUCUCUCCUCCAUUCCCAAAUUUGGACAUGGACUCACUGACUACUGAGAUGGUAGCAGAGUGCAAGGAAGGUUCUGUUGCUAUGUUUUAUCUUGUCUUAGGCUACAUGGGAAUUCUGUCCAUAAUCAGCUUCAGUGUUGCUUUUCUAGCUAGGAAGUUGCCAGAUAGUUUCAACGAAGCCAAAUUCAUCACCUUCAGCAUGCUGAAGAAGCAGCUCAUUGGUGAGAAAAGUAAGGCCUGGCUCAACAGUAGUGUCUGUGAGAGGAUGUCCUGGUGGAUCAGUGCUUAA